AAACCUUGGUGUUCACUUGUUUAAUAGUGCAAACUGGAACUGAUUGUGGGCUCUCCAGCCUCCUGCAUGGAACUGCAGUUAUUCAGUGCAGAAGACAAAUUCAUUGGUUCAUUAGAUCAAGAUGAUGCACUCCUUGGUUCCUAUCCUGUUGACGACCGCUGCCGAAUACAUGUAAUAGACCAAAGUGGAGUGAAGAUUGGAGAGUUUGAAGAUGUGUCUAAAGUUAUAAAGUAUGAAAUGUCCAAUGAAGCAUAUGAUAAAAGAGCAGAUUCGAUGCGUUUGUUCCUGAAGCAAAGUAAAUUGGGCUUGUAUAAUGAGGAGCAGAAAGAAAAAGAUAAAAUUGAGCUUGAGCGGAGAGUACAAGAAGAAAAAGCUUUGGCUGAUGCCAUUCUAGUUGGUGCAAGAUGUGAGGUUGUAAUUUCGGGGCAGCCAUCCAAACGAGGCACCGUAAUGUAUGUGGGUCAAACAGAUUUUAAACCAGGAUAUUGGAUUGGACUGAAGUAUGAUGAACCUUUAGGGAAACAUGAUGGCAGUGUGAAUGGGAAGAGAUAUUUUCAGUGUCACAACAAAUAUGGUGCAUUUGUGAAGCCACAAUCUGUAACAGUGGGAGAUUAUCCGGAGGAGGACUAUGGUCUAAAUGACGAAAUGUGAAUACUACUAAUUGCCUACAGCUUGGAAGCAUUGACACACUAUCUGUGGACUUUUGUCCUUAUAAUGCUGACUACGUUGAUUAUUCCUUACAGCCACAUUCAGGUGCUUGGAAUUCCUGAAUAUGUUGGGACUUUGAUGUUAUCUUGUUUACAUGCUCUACAGAUAGAGUUUUGGCUCAUGGUGAAAUAGAGAUGACCAUUACGCUUAUAUUAGCAAGAUUAAGAUUUCUAAUUUACUGGCUGACACUAGUUACUUGUAAAUUUGCUGAGUUUGCAACAUACACUAGUUUGACAGCUAGUCACUGCCCAUGUCACUGCUGGGAUUUCUGAGGAAACACUUGCGUGAAAAAUUGCUAGUCCUAAUGUAAGCCAUGGUAAUUGAUAUCAUAUAACAUCAGACCUGGACAUUCUUCCAUAAUGCCCAUCACAGCUUAUUUAGGCAUAUUUGUGAAAGAACAUUUGAUCCCUUUUUGAAUUUUGUGUCAUUUAUACUUACAUAUUUUUUCUCACUAGGGCAAAGAUCAAAAGUUGAAAUCAAUGAUCUGCUGCUGAUUGCCACAAUAGUAACUUUAGAUAAUAUUGCCAGCUACAUUGGUGAAUACCACUUUAAAGUAGCAGAUUGUAUAUCACUUGUUUCCUGUGAUUGAAAGUCACAACAAUAGGUCUUAAAUGAUUUUAAUUUAUUCUAAGACACCUGUUGAUGCAACUUCUGCAAACAAAGGCUUUAAAUCUUGCAUCAAUACUGCCUUGAUUCUGUACUGACCUAAGUUAUUUAUGCACAAGACUGUCACAUCAGCUGUGUAAGACAUUGGAUGGUAAACAUGUCUUUUUUUUACUAAUGUUUUCUUUUAUUCUUUUCUUGUGAGUUCAUAACAUUUAAUUGAGAUUGUAAAGUGUACAUUAUCUUGCCAAACAUCUCCAUCCUUCUCUUUAAAAGGAUGGGACAAUGAUUUACUCCUAUGUCACUGAAAUGUUGCUUUAUAAGGAGGGUGUGCGCCUAACAUUUUUUGUGUUGAAUGAAAACAACAUUUCUGUUUCUGCCUUAACUUGUACUACUGGACAUUCUCUUUGAUUAUCCUUCAAAUCCAGUGAGAAAUUAACAUUUUGAAGUACAGCACCGUUUACUUAUAUCUCAUUUUUUCUGGUAUAAAUGUUUUAAAAGAAAAAAACCAUCUGUUGGAAACCUAUUACUUGAUCACCAAGAUGUGUUUGACAGUUGACUGCACUAUUAAGGUUGCCCCUGCAGUAAAGUUUUGGGACAAAAAUACCUAUGUGUUUUUUGUGGUGAGAUGUAAAAGAUAGUGGAGAAAUAAAGCAUCCUUACCUCAUGGAGGCUUUACAUUG